AUUCAAGGGAGGAGUUUGUGUAUGUGUGUUAAGUAUGAGCCCAGCGACCGGCCGGUUUCUGUGAAGAUUUUUGUUUUAGCCCUUUGCCAUGUUUCCAGUCUCCCUUGUUUGCCGCCAUGGCAGGCUUCUGGCUGAUAAAACAAUGAAGCUCAUGCGUUUCCAGCCGAAGCCUCCCCACUCCUGUCCAUUAUCCACUGUUAGCACUAAAAUGAACUGGGCAGCUGUUGAAAGAAGUAAGCAGUUCCCAAAUUGGGAAAACUUUGGCAUUUGGUUAGAUGACCCAGUUAUUUUACCACCUAGAGUAUCAGCUCUUCAAUAUAAAGAGAAGAUAGCCAAUGUCGGUUGUGAAUGCCAGAUUGGAAAGAGAAAGCAAAAUGAAGAUCGUUUCAGUAUAGCUAAACUUCAAAAUGGAUUAUCGUGUUUUGCUGUCUUUGAUGGGCAUGGAGGGGCUGAUGCUGCUGAAAUUUGUUCGCAAUACAUUGGAUACUAUAUUCAACAAAAUCUAAUAAUAGAAGCAGAUUUGGAAAAUGUCUUGCUACAUUCGUUUCUACAGAUUGAUAGUGACUUCAUACAAAACACUUAUGGCUUGAAGGAAGGUGAGCUGCUAACAUCAGGGACAACUGCAACUGUAGCUUUGCUGAAUGAAACAAUACUUGUAGUCGCCAGUGUUGGAGAUAGUCCAGCGAUUCUUUGUCGUGAAGGAAAUGCUAAACAACUAACAGAAGAUCACACCCCAAGAAGGAAAGAUGAAAAGAAAAGGAUUAAGGAGUGUGGCGGUUUCAUAGACUGGAAUUCUGUUGGAGAUCCUUAUGUGAAUGGUCGAUUAGCCAUGACCCGUAGUAUUGGGGAUGUGGAUCUCAAACCUUUUGGGGUAACUGCUCAACCAGAAGUUAACACAGUCAAGUUGGAACAUGCAAAAGACUGUUUCCUGAUCCUGACCACUGAUGGAGUUAGUGGAAUUAUGGAGGCACAAGAGAUGUGUGACAUUGUGAAAAAAUACCAGGACCCAUCAGAAGCUGCUGCAGUUGUAAAUGAGCAGGCUCUGCAGUAUGGAACGCAAGAUAAUGUAACUACCAUGGUUGUGCCUCUUGGUGCCUGGGGGAAAUACAGUACUUCACUUGGUCAAACAAGUUUUGGAAGGAUGAUGGUUGCAAGCUCCAGAUGGCACUGAGUGUUCACUGAUAUUGGAAACCACCACAAUCUAAGCCAGAUUUCCACCAUUUUAUAAGAUGUUUGUAAUUGUCUCUUGGAUUUUUGUUACAUCUGUUAAAAUGUAAGUUGACACUGUAAUCCACAUCAGUUACUUUUCUUUGUUAGAUCUGAAUACUAUUACCAUGCAGUUAGCAAUGUCAACCGCUGACGAUUCAAUCUGACUUUGCCAAAGUUGACUUGUAACUAAUUCAGCAUCCAUGUAAGUAUAAUAACACCCCUAGUGUUCAUGUGCAAAUGAUGAUACUACAGCCCUGAACAAGGGGCAGGUGUGUGUGUGUGUGUGUGUGUGUGUGUGUGUGUGCAGAGCUAAAAGGCUGGGUGGGGAGCAAGAAAGUGAAUUGAGCACAGACGUAAUGGGUCAAAAGGCCUAUUCUGUGAUGUAUGUAGCAAUGGGCCGACUAAUCCAUGUCUUCAUUUGCAGCUUAUAGACUGGACCAGAUCCUGUCAAAAUACAUUAGAAGUAGGGUCUACCUUGGCCAUCCUUUUUUGUCAUCUUAUUUCAAAGGCAAGUACCUGGUGUUUUGUCCUGGAUGCAACCCGACUGGCCAAACUAUUGGAUUUAAAGCAAAACAUGCUUUACUCAUCCACUAUAGCUCAAACACAACAAAGAGGAAUACAUAACUCUAUUGGUGAAAACUUAGCAGAAUAAUAAACUAUUAAUAAUUCCAAUAUAGUAACAUCCUGUAAGGAUAGUAACACUCUUAACAAAAAGACAUUUUUUAAAAAAAUCAAUUUGUUUUAGUUAAACUGAGGUAGACUUGCACAGUAAAUAAGGUCCUGAGGAGUGUGGUGGAACAGAGGGACCUAGGUGUACAAGUAUGUUGUUUUUUGAAAAAGCAGCAUCACAGGUGGACAAGGAGGUGGAAGGCAUUUGCAUGCUGGUCUUCAUCGGUUGAAGCAUUGAGCGUUGGAGUUAGGACAUUGUUACAGUGGACUAAGUUGUUGGUGAGGCUCCACUUGCAAUAUUGUGUACAGUUUUAGUCACUUUUUUCCUUUUAGGAAAGAUAUACUUCAAUCAUCUUUGCACACUUUCCACUUUGAGGACAUUGCCUGGACUAGUAGGCCUGAGUGUACGGGGAGAGAUUGGCUAGGAUAGGACUUUCCUCCUUGGAAGGUAGGAGAAUGAGGGUUGACCUUUAUUGAGAUGUAUAUAAAAAUCAUGAGGGACAUAGGAAGGAAUGUACACUCUUUUCUCGGAUGGGGAAUUGAAAAUUGAGGGCAUAGGUUUAAGGUGAGAGGAGAUAGAUUUUAAAGACCUGAGGGGCAACUUCACACAGUGGUUCAUGUACAGAAUGGACUGCCAGAGAAAGUGGUUGAAGCAGGUAAAUUUAAAAAAAAAAAUCUCUAUAGGUAGAUGGAUGAGAAGGGUUUAGAGGAAAAUGGAUCAAAUGUGGACAAUUUGGAACUAUCCAAGUAGGCAGCAUGGACCAGUUUGGGCUGAAGGGCCUGUUUGCAUGCUGAAUUACUCUGACGCCAUACCUCACAUGCAACUCCAGCCACAGGAAGAGUGCCUUCAGCAUUUAGCUAUAACCGAGAGGUGAGGAGGAAUAGUUUCUACUUCAAGACACCAGCAAUUGCUGAAAGCUAAAACUGAAAAUCCUGAUUCUCUGCAAGCAUGACCAUGCCCAUUCAGGCUGUUUCUGUUCCAAGCUCAAAGAAAACCCAAGGCCUCAAGCUGUUUACUUUGAGUUUUCAGUAGACAGCUCAACCUCUGCCUUCAAACCUCUUUGUUUUAAAAACCAGCAUAAAGUGCACCUUUUUAUAAAGCCAUAGUAUCUCACAUGUACCUCAUGUCUUUUUUAAGCAUCAAACACCAGUUUGUUUUCUUGUACAAUAUUCAGCCGCCUUUUUAAAAUGCAUCUAUACAACUCCCUCCUUUUUCCUAUAGAUGUUUCUCCUGAAUUCCUGGUUUCAUUCCUUGGUUAUCUUGUCUUGAACAUUUCUAAUUUCACCCUUGCCUUCAAAUAUUCUCUUGUGGAUGCUUAAUCAAAACCUUUUCAAUUUUAUUCUUGGGUCAACACUGAUUUUCUGUUUUAUUUUAUUUGCUGGAUUCUGGAUGGAGGCCAUCCUGCAGGAAUGGUGUCUGGUCACAAAACCUGAACAAGUCUGAAAUUGACAUUGUCCACCAUUUUCAGGAAACUACUUGGCAAAUGUUUAAGCUUGUAAGUCUGAAAUUAUAUGUUGCCCACACUUUGAGGCUGACUUCUCCAUAACAGCAACAGGCUUGGUGAUCUUGCUAAUGUUGGUUAUUUGGAUUUACAUAAUUUGAAGCUGCUGACAGCUUUUGUUGAAAGGGAGCAAGUAGGGAGUUCUAUUAAAUUGUGUGCCAUCCAUUUUGUAUAGGAAUGAUUCCUUUGGAGAUGGGGUUGGUGGGCUGGGUUUGGAAAACCUGGCUAAAGCUUUGCUCCCUAUCUUGGAGAAAAGGCACAAGGGGCCAGGAAAAAGGCCAGUAGUGCCAGAUCAGGCUGAUGUGCUUGAAGGUGGUGAUAGGAUGCUAUUUCCUCAGUGUGGCUUUCCAGGCAAGUGAUCACUACAAUCUGAUGCUGGUUGGUGUCAGUCUCCUCCGGUUAUGUAAUUGGUCAUCUGGCCAUGAGGCUUAGUGAUCUUAAUUAAUUUUUGCCUUGAUAGAGCCAGCAAUGUAGUCACGUGGUCACGUGCCAUGUUCAAGUAGGUAUAAGUUAAUUCAGUGUGGACACUGUCAGAUUGAGCCAGACAGUUUAGAAUCAGUGCAUUUCCAAAAGUGCAGGUCAUGGAUGCAAUUUCCCAUUGUCUUUACAAAGCUUCCCAGGUGACCUGAGUAUUUGUCAAAAAGAUACGGCUCUGUUUAACACCCGGCUUUUGUGACCACCAUGAUCAGAUCAUGCAGACCGACAUCCCUUGGAUAUUUGCCUGAGCUGAACCCUAAUUAAAUAAGUGGCUUCUGGGUGACAGGAUUAAACCUUGGAAGAUAGCUGACUCUGGUGCACCACUCGCGGACAGAGCCCAGAAGGACAAUUGGCCUGAGCAAACUGAUUCCAUACCUACCUGGACGGAUCGCAUGGUGGUCUGCUUUUUGCACCCAAAUGUCACAGGGUCCAUACUGUGUACUGUGCAUUCUGACCCUCAAGAGGUGUUGGCAGAGGACUAUUUGAUGGAGCUGCCAUCUCCUCAGAGGGUGAACCAUGGAAACCAGCUGUUCACUGAGACUGCCUGCAGACUGGCAUGUUCAAACAGACUGACUUGUUCAAAUGACUUCUCCUGAGCGAAAAUUCUGAUUGAUUCAAUCUGAGUUUCAGGUACAGCUGCUGCAGUCCCAUAUGGAGUUUAUUUUGUAAUGACUGAGCUCAAUAAAACACAACCUUAGCACCUCUUUCUCCAUUCUAAUCCUUUCCAAUGUUAAAGGCAACUGAAGUUAGUGCCAAAGUCAGAUACCACAUUUAUCCAGUGAAAUUAAUCUGACAACUGUCUGCCCAUUCUGCACUUUAACAACAUUUUGUAACUUGUUGUCAUCCUCAUUGACUAUUUUCUCCCACUUUACUACUGUCAGUCUACAAAUUCAAACUGAUUCCAAAGUCCAUUUUGUAAAUCAUGAACAGCACUGGUCCCAUUGCUGAUGCUUGUGAAAUACUACAUCCUAUUUUCUGGGAAACUGAAUGACUGCCUACCUCUUACUUCUAGUCUGCCUUCAAGACAGUACAGUCAGCAAGUCAUUGUCACUUAACUUCACAUUCUGAUCUUCUUGAUAAUACAAUUAUUAAUAUAUUGGGGGGGGCUUUGAAAAUAUAGACAAAUUGAAUCUGAAACACUGCUGCCUUCUGUCACUUAAAAUUUCUACAGAGUUGGUCAAGCAAUAUUCUAUCUUUCAUAAACUCCAUUUUGAUUAUCUACUUUUUUUUUCUAAAAGAGACCCAUUUAUUCUACAAUCAAUAGUAGGCUGUCUAGUCUACAGUUUCAGCUUCCUGUGAAGUACAGAUAUCACAGUUAUGCACCAGUGUUCUGCAAACUUUUCAUUAAAAGACAAAGAUUAUUAUCUCAGUUUUAAAAACCCAAGGAUUUAAGUUUGUUCCAAUUCCACCUGUGUCCCUAUCCUUUAGUAUCUAUACUUGAAACUAGAAGCAGGAAUUGGUCUUUCAAGCCUGUUCUGCCAUUCAACAUGAUCAUGGUUGAUCCUGUACCUCAAAGACUUUGCUGCUUUUUCUCAACACCCCCUAAUGUUGCCUUGUUUCUUUAUUAAUGAAGCUUGUGUUUUUAGCUUUCCAGAGCAAUAUAGUUUGCUUAGUCUGAGAACUAUUCAUUGUUUGUCAGUAUGUUGUCUAUUUGUUUUUAUUCAGCCCCAAAGUUGUCACCAGUCUGUUAUCCUUUCUCAUCAUGCCUGUUCUUAAAUUAUUAUCCUAAAUUGUAACUGUUGUGGUCUCUAUCCCCAUUGCUUUUAGCCAUACUUGGUGCCUUCCCUGCUAUUGGAUCUAAUAGCAAAAGUUUCUCUUGUCAGACUUGCAGAUUAAAGGUGAGAUUGCUGAAGUCCUCCUGGACCAUAGGGCUGCUUCUCCAUCAGUGGGGGAGUUGAACGUCACUCUGCAUCACAAACCAGCCAUCCAAUAAACUGAACUAACAACCUUGGAUUUUUAAAAAAAAAACUCAAUGUUAUAGGCACUCAUUCCUUUAUCACCUCUAGCUACCUCUUCUGGACCACUUUUAAUACCAGGAUGGUUGAAAACACCCAUGAUUGGAUUUUAAAAAUCCACAAUUUUUUGCAUGUUUCUUCCUCCAUCUCCUGUCCAGUAUUGUGGUCUGUAGACUUCAAUUAUUGGACUGAUAUUAUCUUACUUUUAUCCAAGUGGAUUCACGUUUGCUGAUGGCCAUAUUACACUUAUGACCCCUGCCCCCAUAUCUUAUAGGUACUAAUUCCCAGUGCUGAAUUUCUUUUACAUUAUCAUGAUUUGGUAUUCAAGCAAUGUAUCUGGUUCUGUUUUGAGAUGUACAAAUUUUGUUAACAGUUCUUUAAUCAUCUUGAUACACUGUCAAUUCUACUUAUCUCUGACCAUCUGGGUUACUGAGGAAUGAUUAAACUAUUGCCUCUUUCCAGUCCCAUUUAAUAUUGGGCUGGUUUAUUUUGUGUCCAUCCUUUCUUCUUAAAUAUUAAAAUUCUAAUACUCAAUGUAGUCCGUACUGUACUGUUCUUCUGCUGCACUGGUGUAGAAUCUCUGUAACUGGCUCAUUUGAAACAUGUGAAUGGUACACUAUUGCUGUACUUGUGACAGGUAAUCUUUCCUACCCAUUGCAGCUGGCUUUUUUUAAAUAUGAAGUAUUACUUACAGUACCAAAGGGUUUUUGCAGUAGCUAUUUUUAUCAAUUAUAGAUUAUCAUUUCUUUUAAUUAGAUAUAAAUACUUGCUUCUUUCAAAGCCUUGUCCCAUUGUUUCUUGGUAUAACUCCCCUUUUUUAAACUUGCUGAACUGUAGUACAUCCUGAAUUUACUCUUGUUCUAACCUCUGACUUUACAGUCUUUGUGCCUUUUAUUGAUUUUUGUCUGUCUGCUUUGUGCCUUUUUGAGCCUAACUGGUAACCUGUUUUCAUGUGAUUGGAAUGGUUCACUAGCCCGUUUUGAUGCCCUGCUUUGUUUUGGUCAGAUGUAAAUUAUAGGUUUUGAACUUUGUUUCAGAAAGUUAUUGGUGAAUCUUUAAUGGGUACCUGUUGAUAUCGUGUAUUACUGUCAAAUAUUCUGAAGCUGUUCAUAUCAAUUCAGUGAUGUAAUAUUGUCCUGUUAUUUGUGUUUUUGUAAAGUGGCUGUGUGGAUGAAUCAGUUAAGGAAUUAACAACCUGUCAGAUGUUUUAAGAGUACAUUUUACUUGGUUUCUCCUGCUCCAGUGCUGAAACAGGAUUUUAUUUGGCAAUUAACUCCAAUAACAAGUUUCCUUCUUAUGUUUUCAAGUUUUAUUGUAUUGUUGACUAAUUGUCUCAUUUGUAACAGACCUCGUUUUUGGCUUAAGUGAUUUUCAUGGUGGACAGCUCACAGCACCAUUCAAAUUAAACAGAAUUAGAAUUAAUACUCUAGUAUAGGCUGAUCAGUAGCUGAAUUUUUCUCCUUCAUUCCCAUAGAAGCAAAGUGAAAAAACAUCGUGUGACCCAUAUAUUGAACUGCAGAGUAGAUUUUUUGUGCACAAAUUAACAAUUAGACUUUUGAAUGAUUCAGUGCCAUUUAAUGCACGUUGUCAAAAUUUUGACAGUAGCUGUGGAACAGGAUAAACCAAGGAAAUCCCCCACUUGCCUGCCCCAUGGCAAUACUGAUGACCUGUGUAUUGACCCAUUUUAAUGUGGUAUUGAUCUUGUUUGCUUCAGUUUGCAUUUGAAGUUGUGUACUUCAACCUAUUGCACUGUUUUUAACCAGAAUUGUUAAUGGUUUUUGUACAAACUCCUCCCUUAGGUUAAAAGUAACUAACUGUUGUUUGACUGCAUUAAGUUAGUUUAAGGAAACGUUUUCUAAAGGUCCACAGGUAUUUCUGCUAUGACACAAAUUGGUUAUAACACAAUUGAUGAAUAGUGGACACUGUUUGGGUUAUGUAACUUUCUGCUAUACAGAAUAUUUCAGGGAAACGACUAUUUUCUACGGUGUGAUUUUUCUAUAGUGAGGUCGCCAGAAUGCAAUAAUUAUGGGAGAAAUACCUGUACUUUGUUUUUGCACCAUAAUUACACACUUGUAACAUGCAAGUUGUGAAUGUAAACUGAUCACUCCCUCUGUCUGAAGCUCGUUUGUUCAAUUAAAUGAGCAUUUGAAAAAAAUGAAACUGUAUUCAGUUUCACCAGAUAAAUGAAUAAACUAUUCUAAAUUAUAGCAGAGAUAUAUUUGCAUGAAUGAUAGCUUCACACUGUAAAUACUAAUGGUUUUGAAUAUCAAGUCACUCCACAAUUCAAGCUUUCAUCAUUGUCUUGUUUUGACCUUUUCAUAAUGUUACCUUUUUAUGAUGUCUAUUAUUGUCAAUGGGGAUGAUAUUGAAUGCACGGAUUGGGUCCUCCAGAACAAGCCCAAGUUUCAUCUAUUGCAGCAUUCAGUUGAUUUUUGAAUGAUGUCAAGACUGUGUUGCCUGCUGUCUACCCUAUAGUUAUAGUGCAUUCAUCACAGUAGAACUUCCUUUAUCAAUCUGAAAUGCCUCCUAAUUCCACUCUGUAUCGUUUGUGUUGUCAUUUAUUUGAGCAUCUCCCGUUUUUCAUCCUUGCCAGAGGCAGCUCCUCAUAAGAUCUGAUUUAGAAUGUCCCACUGAAAGCUAAAGGAAAAGCUUAACCUGCCAUACAUUUUUUUUAAAUCUGAGCAAAGCAGGAAAUGGUGGAAACUUUUUAGGUCACCAGCAUCCGUAAAGAGUAUAUGUAACCUAAUGCCCAAUUUCACCUUCUGAAACUCCACUCCAGGGUAGGCAACAGUGUGGAGCUGGAUGAGUGCACCAAGUCCCCAAGGGAGACUUGUGCCAGGGACAACAAAAAUCAAUGAUAUUGAUCACACUGCAAUACACCAAAUUAAAUUCAUUUUCUAUUGGAAUGUUGUAUACAAAUGGUUAUCUCAGCAAAAGUGACUUUCAUAUCCUGUCUUUUUUAAACAAAAGAUGCAACAUUUCUGACUGUAAACACUGCUAUAGCAAUUAGCCACAUAUUUUAAUUGAUGUUUGCAGCUUUUUACUUUUGAAAUUGUCAGUGUGUCACUUUUUUGUUUCCAUUUUCUCUAUCUACUAAAUUUACUUCCUCUGACAUAGCCCUUGCCUCAAAUGUUAGGGUCAGAUAACGGCUGCCUUCUGUACUUAACUUUUUUAAAGCUAGUAGAGUAUAUAGGAAUAAGGAAGUGAUUAAACAAGGGAGGUGAUGGCUGAGGUGGUGUUAUUACCAGGGUCUCUGGAUUGAUGCCCUGGGAAUACAGGUUCAAAAUCUUCCAUGGCAGAUUGUUAGAUUUGAAUUAAAUAUCUUUAGUCUGAACAUAUUGCCCUUUUGGUAUGGAAGGAAAAUACUCUCUGGCUUGCUCUACGCACAUGCAUACAAAUCUCUGGGAUGAAUUUGUAAUGGCAGAUGAAUUCUGUUGUGUUCAAAAAGAACACAGUACGUAGACAGGCAAUGUGGCAUAGUAUAAAUUGCUACUUUGGAAAUAAAGCCAGUCUGAUUUUCAAGUUGGUACAUAGCCUGAUUCUAAAUGUGGUCUCACAUCAAAAAUACAUUGACCUGAGAUGUCACCUCUGAUAUCUUAACUAAAGGUUUUAUCUCUGGGCAGUGACUUGAAAGAAAUCCUUGGAUUUGCAUAUUGAUCUUUUCUAUUGUAUGAUUUAACAGCCAUCUUUGAGCUAAUGCAAGAUAAUAAAAUGUGAGGCUGGAU